UUACAUUUAUCUAUCAUAACAUAUUGAUACCAAUUAAAUUUAUUUAGAAUGUCUAUAAUGCAUGUGUAUUGUAUAUGUAUAAAUUUUAAUAUUUUGAAUAGGUAUUUGGUUAGCUAAACACGUUUAACCUAUUAAUGGUUUUUUAUUUAUAAUUAUACUCUUUCAAGUUGAGUACACUACUUAAGCUCAUUACUUUUUAUAAUUGUCAAUUAUUAAUCAAAAAAAAAACAGGAAUCAUCCAAGUAUUUAAUAACUAAAAUAUUUCCACAAAAAAAUAAAAGUUAUUAUUAAACAAUAAUCCUUUCUUAAAAAAAAAAAUUAUAUUAUGUAAAUAAUUUCAAAUAGAAAUAAAAAAAAAAAAAAACACAGUACAUAAUAUUAUAUUUUACUAUGUUAGUUAAUAAUUUUUAUAAUUUUAUAUCCAUAUUAUCGUAACUCCCUUAACAAUUUAAAAUGUUGGUGCCUUGAUUAGGCUUGCACUGACGAUUUAUUCAACACUAGGUAUGAUUGAUAUGGUUUUAAAAAAAUAGCUUAAAAAGUUAAAAUAUUAUGAAAAUUAUGUAAUUUAUUAAAAAUAAUUAUAUAAACAUAUGUUUAUACCUAAUAAUAACUAUAUAUAAUAAUUAUUCGUUUUUGAACAACAAUAAAUAACAAACAUUAUUAGAAGAUAAAUAGUUAGUAUAUGGACAAACAUCAUCUAUACCUAACAUACCUAUGUGGUAAAUAAUCAUAAAAAAAAAAUAAUAAUUAUACGGGUAUCAAACAAUAUUGAAUAUUUUUCACUCUGAUUAAAAUCUAAAUAUCUAAUAAAUAUCAUUUUCAAAUCAUUACAGAAUAAUUUAUUUGUAGGUAUGAAUUUCAAGGUCAGUGUAGAACAAUAAUAUAUAUUUUUUUAAUAUUAUAUAUAUACUCAUUAUAUAAUUAAUGUCAAUGUAUAACUCUAAAUACUAACUAUAAAUAUAGGUACUUAUAGUAUAGUAGAUACAGUAUGUUAUUAUAAUUUAUAGUUACCUAUUAAUGUAUUAUUAUAUCAAUUUAUAAGCAUAAUACUUUUAACGUAUAUUAUAUUUUUAUACUUAGAUUUUAGAUGUAUUUUUUUUUUUUAUUAUUACAAUGUAUAGCUAAUAAUGGAACCAUAGAUUGGUAGAUAUUUGUGUGACAAUAGGAAUAAUUUAAUUUUAGUUUUAUAAACAUAUCAAAUCUGAAGUAUCUGUAUGUAGUAGGUGUAUAAUAGUUAAGGUAAACAUUUUUAUUUUCUAUUAUAGUUUUUGUAUGUGUACCUACUUACUAUAUGCAUUUCUAUUACCACGCAUUUUUACUAACUAAAUAACAAAACUGUAAUUUUCAACAAUAAUCAAUAUGGUAUUUUUGGUAUUUUUUUUAAUAUUUGUAUCUUCAUUGGAUUCGAUAGAGUCUCGUUAUCCAAUUGUUGUGAAAGAAGCCUCUAGUUGUAUGAAAAAUUCAAAAAUUAACAUAUUUUUGCAAAAAAAUUCAAAUUCCUCGGGUUUAGCAAAUAAAAAUUUUGAUUAUGUUGAAUUUCUAGAAAUAAUUGAACAAAAUAACUUUCAGGUACGAAUCGAGACCCAUCACAGAGGUAUAAGUAACUUAAUCAAGAUACCUUCAUUAAAUGUCCAGAGAACAGAUUUUUGUAAAUAUAUAUCAACAGAUAUAAUAUUUGUACCAAUGGUUCGACAGUUUUUUGAUUUAGAAAAAUUCUGUCCUAUUUCUAAAGGUAAACACGUUGUUUAUAGAAAUACAAUUGUUUCAAAGUAUCGACCUUACAUUCCAUUGGGCUGUUGGAUAAUAAUAACUAGAGUCACCAAAAACGAUUCAAUACCAUUCGCAUGUUUUAAUAUAACAGUUCAAUCAUUGCCAUCAAUGAAAUCUGAACCCUACCAGUGUACAUAAUUGAUUUUUAAUAUGUAUAAUAUGGUAUUUCUCAUUUUGAAUUAUUUCACAUAAUAUAUCACAAAUACUCUUAUACUCACUGUCUCUCUGCUCUUACGGUCUCACUCAUCUUUUAUGUUAUUAUACAGUAUAAUACACUAAGAGAAAUAUUGUACCUAUUAUAGUUACAAUUUUUUUUUAUUAUUACCUUUAACUUAUGUAU